UGCUCUGUAUGCAGUGUGUUCUGCCUGUGCAUUACCCUUGCCAGAUUGCUAACUAAAUACACUCCUCUCAAACAUCAGCCAUUGUCUGCUGUGAACUGAAUCAAUCCACUUCUUUGAACUCCUCAGCUUUAACUUGAAACAUGGGUCUCCAAGGUAUCGUUCCUCCCGGUGUCGUCACGGGCGACAAUCUUUUGAAGCUCUUCGAGUACUGCCGGGACAAUAAGGUGGCUCUGCCCGCCUUUAAUUGCACAUCGUCAUCUACCAUCAAUGCGGUUUUGCAGGCCGCUCGUGACAUCAAUUCGCCAGUCAUCAUUCAAUUUUCCAAUGGUGGAGCCGCUUUCAUGGCCGGCAAAGGCAUCAAGAAUGACGGCCAAAAGGCUGCCAUUUUGGGCGCCAUUGCCGGGGCUCAACACGUGCGAUUGAUGGCCAAGCAUUACGGUGUGCCCGUGGUUCUCCACUCUGAUCAUUGCGCCAAGAAACUUUUGCCGUGGUUCGAUGGCAUGUUGGAAGCUGAUGAGGAGUACUUCAAGGCCAACGGCGAGCCCUUGUUCUCCAGCCACAUGUUGGACUUGUCCGAGGAGAAGGACGAAGAGAACAUCGAAACUUGUGUCAAAUACUUUUCUCGCAUGGCUGCCAUCAAGCAAUGGCUAGAAAUGGAGAUUGGCAUCACUGGAGGUGAAGAAGAUGGUGUGGACAACACUGGAGUCAAAGCCGACGACCUUUACACGAAGCCUGAACAGGUUUGGAACGUGCACAAGGCCUUGAGCGCCAUCAGCCCCAUGUUCUCGAUUGCCGCUGCUUUCGGCAACGUGCAUGGAGUGUACAAAUCCGGUAAUGUGGUGUUGAGCCCCAAGCUCUUGGCUGGUCACCAGGAACACAUCAAGGAACAAUUGAACUCGCCCCUGGACAAACCCACCUUCCUCGUCAUGCACGGGGGUUCGGGCUCCACCAAGGAGGAGAUCGAGACCGCCGUGUCCAAUGGUGUCAUCAAGAUGAACGUGGACACCGACACUCAAUGGGCCUACUGGGUCGGACUCAAGGAAUUCUAUGACAAGAACAAGGAUUACUUGCAAGGCCAAGUGGGCAACCCUGAAGGCGAGGACAAGCCAAACAAGAAGUUCUACGAUCCGCGUGUUUGGGUCAGGGCUGCCGAGGAAGGCAUGAUGAAGCGGUGCGCGGAAUCGUUCAAGUUCUUGAAUGCCAAUGGAUCCUUGGGAUCAGAUUGGAAUCCUCAAUAAAUGCUUGGGAUGGGUAUCAGUCAGCUUGAGCACCCCUGGUUCAACUCCUAGCUUGGCCACGCUUGAGAGGUCUGGAGCUUUUCCUCCUCUUCAUCUAGUCCUCGAACUUUAACUUUAAGAAAGUAACUACUCACUGCGAUUGGUUUUAGAGCCAUGUUCGUGCAUGAAAUUGUGAACAUCUAUGUUCCCAUGUGUUAAAUUAUUGAGACGUCUAUCAAAUGGAUUCCAUAAAUGCCCAACGAUUUGCA